UCUCGAUCCGCCUACCCGAGCGUCGUUCGUAGAUAACGUCCGACCGUGACAGUGUCCUGAACAACACUGGAGAGUCCGCUCCCAGGAUUACGCAUGCCGCAUGCAUUCUUGAAUCUAACUUCUCAUUCCUCUCACCACGUCUCCAACAUUAAUACCAGUAGCUCAACGCACAGUAUUCACAAACGUUACUCACUCGCAUUGCCCUCGUUUUGGACAAUUACAUGCAUGCAACUUGAAGAACUUCCCAUUCCGACGUGGAAAUGACAGCGGUAUCAGAGCAGCGUGAGAACCCUGGAAAUUGAAGAAGGCGUUCUUCUCACAUUGCCGGCUUAUAAGACCUGCCACAUCUUACAAGCCGCUUAUCCACGGAUACAUAACUUAGAAGCACAAAGCCAUAGCGAGGGGUUAGUGGGGUUAGUCCGCGGUGCCCUGGGCUUACACGUCUCGGCCACCAAACGCUUUUCGGCGAAAACUAGUGUGCCUUGCCAGCAAAAAAAGCCUAAAAAGCCAAAAUCGUGCUGAUGCGCCUUCUUCAAAUGCUAAUAUUAUUACAGUCUUGGGCAGGAUGGUUGCAAGUCGGCUAAUAUCCAUCCGUUGAACUGCAUUCUCCCAUCUAUUCUUCUGGCAGUACGCUCGACCUCUCUCUACUCGUGCUACGUGCACCGAGCAACUCUACACGCUGAUUUGCGACACAUGUGCAUUUGCGAGUUCUUGGGAAAGGGAGGUUGGGACUUGCUUUGGCAGGACGGUUCAAGACCUGUUUAAUACAGACUUUUCGGGCAGUUCAUUUAUAACCACGGAAUGUUCGGGCAUCCUUCUCUCCUCCUCUAAGUAAAUGGAAUCUCAGGCGAACAAAUAGCGACCCAUAAGUAGAAGUAUACUCCCUUGAUGGCUCGGACCUUUUCUUUCUAGCGCCAUGUCUAACGAGGACAAGUCUUCUUCUACCAGCGUAGACCACGCUUCUGUCAACGAUCAAGAUGUGCUCGCCCGCCUGGGAUACAAGCAGGAGUUCAAAAGAGACUUUACUCGAAUUGAACUUUUCGGACUUUCCUUCAGCAUCGUUGGCGUCGUUCAGUCCAUUGCUGCUGUUCUCCUCUUCUCUAUACCGUAUGGAGGCCCAGUAGGCAUGAUAUGGGGGUGGUUCACCUGCAGUUUUUUUCUGGUCUUCGUAGGCUUAGCGAUGUCAGAGCUCGGAUCCGCGUUCCCAACUGCAGGAGGACUUUAUUAUUGGACCUUCAAAUUCUCCUCUCCGCGCUACCGCAAGCUUCUUUCCUGGCUCAUUGGAUACAUCAACACGUCAGCGUACAUUGCAGGACUUGCUAGCGUUGACUGGGGUUGUGCUACACAGCUUCUGGCAGCAGUGACCAUCGGGUCGGGGGGGCGAUUUGUUCCAACAAACGCUCAGAUUUACGGACUUUACUGCGCCCUUUUGGUGCUUCACGCUAUUAUGGCAAGUCUGGCGACGAAAGUUAUUGCAAGACUUCAGUACUUCUACGUGUUUCUCAAUAUCGCGCUAUUUUUGACCAUUAUCAUUGCUCUCCCCGUAGCCACUCCUCGUGAAUUUGUAAAUAGCGCCUCGUAUGCUUUUGGUCAUUUUGAGAAUGUAUCUGGUUGGAACAAUGGAUACGCCUUCAUUUUGAGCUUCCUGGCUCCGGCUUGGUCAGUUGGGGGAUUCGAUACGAGCGUGCACAUCAGUGAAGAGGCUAGAAAUGCCCCUAGAGCAGUUCCGUUCGCAAUCAUGUGUGCAACGGUUCUGGGCUGUUUACUGGGUUGGUUCAUCAACAUUGUAUUAGCGUUCCACAUUGGAAACGAUCUUCAAGCGGUGAUUAAUGAUCCCAUUGGACAGCCUAUGGCUACGAUAUUCGCCAACUCUGUCGGUCCCAAAGGCACAGUGGUCAUCUGGGCAUUCAUCGUUGUUACAUUAUUCAUGACGGGCAUGGAUUAUCUCAUCGCAGGAUCAAGGCAAAUCUUCGCGUUUUCUCGAGACAACGGUCUUCCAUUCUCUAGGUUGAUAUACCGAAUGAACAAACGAACGCAAACGCCGGUACAUGCUGUGUUCUUCUGUGCGUUCCUCUCGUUGCUUUUGGGGUUGAUCUCGUUCGCCGGACCAGUGGCUAUCACGGCCGUGUUCACAAUGUCGGUUGUGUGUCAGUACAUUGGAUUUGUCACUCCGAUCAUUGCGAGGUUCGUUGGUGGGAGUCAGUUUGUGAAAGGACCGUUUAGUUUGGGUGUUUUGAGCGGACCCGUCGCAACUGUUGCAUCAGCCUACAUGAUUUUCAUGAUCCUCGUCUUCCUAUUCCCCGCUUCGCCAGUUCCCGACGAGCAAACGAUGAAUUAUACGGUCGUGGUCGUAGGCGGAACUAUCUUACUCUCGUUAGGAUACUACUUCUUCCCAAAGUAUGGUGGGAUGUAUUGGUUCACCGGUCCAGUGCAUACCAUUGAGGACACUAGACGCGAAGGUAGCAUUGAAAAAAGAAGCGAGAAGGCUUGAGGGUUAUCUCAGUGUCUUUAAAUGCUAGCUCGUAAUAGUAUGGAAGCAAAUCAGAUCAGAUCUGGGGGUUCGGGAUAUGCAAGAGCAAGAAAACCUUGCAUCAAGAACGAGUUUCAAUGGAUUCAUGACACGCUUCGAACAGUCGCAAGGGGCUUCAGUGCUAGACAUGGAUAAAAGUGAAAUUCGCGGACACAGCGCUGUUGCGGCCUUACGAAUACA